AAUUUUUUAUCAUUUUGUUUACAUUAUCAUCAUUUUGAUUUGAAAAUAAAAAACAAUCGUGAAAAAAUGUUUUCAUUAUUAUAUGGUUUUUGGCGUUAUUUAUUUCAAAAAGAUGAAUAUUAUAUACUAAUAUUGGGUUUAGAUAAUGCUGGUAAAACAACAUUUUUAGAGCAAACAAAAAUAUCAAUGAAUCCCAAUUAUCGUGGAUUAAACCUUAUGAAAAUAAGCUGUACAGUUGGAUUAAAUAUUGGUAAAAUUGAUAAUAAUGGUGUUAUAUUAAAUUUUUGGGAUCUUGGUGGCCAAUCUGAAUUACAAUGUCUUUGGGAUAAAUAUUAUGCUGAAUCGCAUGCAAUUAUUUAUGUGGUCGAUUCAUCUGAUCAGCAACGAUUGGAUGAAUCGAAACGUGCAUUCGAAAAAAUGAUUGAAAAUGAAUCGUUAAAAGGAACGCCAUUAUUAUUUGUGGCUAAUAAACAAGAUGUUUCGUGUAUGCCAAUAACAAGGAUAAUGGAUGAAUUUCGUUUGGAAACAAUCAUAUCAGCCGCACAACGUGAUUUUCAUUUUGUUGCCGUUUCGGCUCUUAAAGGUGAUGGUAUUAAAGAAUCAAUCGAUUGGAUUAUCGAAACGGUAAAAAAGAACAGUGUUUUUAAACCACCAAUCAAUGUAACUGAAUAACAGGUAAACAAAACAACAACAAUUUUGUAAUGAAAUGUUUAUAUAUUAAAAAAAAUUAA